AUGGGUGUGCGAGACUCGGUUUCUUGGAAUGUCAUGAUCAGGUGCUACCUUGAGAACGAAAUGGUUGAGCAUGCAAGAGAGUUGUUCGACAGAAUGCCUGACAGGACUUCUGUUUCUUGGAACACCAUGAUCAUGGGUUAUAUAAAAGCGGGAAAAACUCAUGUGGCGUUGAAGCUGUUUGUAGCAAUGCCUGAGAAAGAUGUCGUGAGCUGGACAGCUAUUAUUACUGGAUUGUGUCGUGCUUCACAGGUUGAUGAAGCGUGGCGCUUGUUUAAGCAAAUGCCUGAAGCAAAUGCAGUUUCUUGGUCGUCCAUUAUAUCGGGGUUUCAGCAGAAUGGGUUUGCAAUUGAGAGCUUGAAUGUGUUUAGAGAAAUGUUGUUGGUUGGAAUUGUGCCAACUCCUCAUUUGUUCACGAGUGUGUUGUCGGCCUGCGCUGAUUUAGCAAUUGUUUCGGUGAGUGAGCAAGUAUAUUGUCAACCUCUUAAAAGGGGGUUUCAUGGUAAUAAUCAUGUUGGAAAUUCAGCAAUUUCUAUGUUUGUCAAGACCGGGAGUUUUUACAACGCAAGGCGCAUUUUCCUGGACUUAGAUAAACCUGAUCGUGUAACAUGGAAUGCUAUGAUUGUGGGUUUUGCACAGCAUGGGUAUGGAUUGGAAGCAAUGAUGAUUUUCCAUCAGAUGCAAAAGGCUCAAGUUCUGCCAGAUGGAAUUAGCUAUAUGGGGGUUUUACAUGGUUGUAGCCAUUGCGGAUUUGUGCAGGAAGGGAGAGAGUAUUUUCAGUCAAUGAAAAUGGAUUAUGGGAUAUCACCAGGACCCGAGCAUUUUUCCGCAAUGGUGGACCUUUAUGCACGUGCCGGGAAGCUUAAAGAAGCAUAUGAGAUUAUACUGGAGCUGCCCUUCAAGCCAACAACAAUCUUUUGGAGGACAUUGUUGAAUGGAUGCAGGAUCUGGGGAAACACAGAAUUGGGUGUUUGUGCCGCAGAACAAAUAUUGAAACUUGAACCUUACAAUUCAAGUGCGUGUUUGAUGGUCAUUAAUAUUUUUGCACUGGCUGGGAAAUGGAAGGAGGUGGCAAAAAUGAGGGCACAAAUGCGGGAUGGAGCUGCUAGAAAGGAGUUGGGUUGUAGUUGGAUUGAUAUUAAGGGGAAAAAUCAUUUAUUCACCACUGGGGAUGAAAUUCAUCCAGAGGCUGAUCAGAUUUAUGCAGUUGUUGAGUUAUUCGCCUAUGACAUGGAGAAAUACUAUUUAAGAUUGGAUAGAUUUUCAGAUGGAUUGGAGUAG